UUUUCCAUACCCCUCCAACCCCUUUCUUUCAACAAAUACAAUGGCAAAAGAUCAAGCCCUCGGACUCGAGAUCACCGAGCUUCGUCUCGGCCUCGGUCUCCCCAGCAACAGCGACAAGAACGAGAAGAAACGAGCCUACGCCGAUAUCGUCGAGGGGAAAAAUAAUAACACGAGUAAGGGCCACGUCGUCGGGUGGCCACCGGUGCGUUCGUAUCGGAAAAAGAAUAGCUUUGGAAAUAAGGAGUUGAACGAGAACGAGAACGAGAACUCGAAAAUGUACGUGAAGAUUAGCAUGGAUGGAGCUCCAUUUCUUCGUAAGCUUGACUUGGGUUCCCAUAAAGGAUACCCGGAUCUUGCCCUCGCUCUUGAGAAGCUUUUUGCUUGCUUUGGAGCUGGGAAGACAUUAAAGCAUGGAGAAAGUUCUGAUUACGUUCCCAUUUAUGAGGACAAAGAUGGGGACUGGAUGCUUGUGGGAGACGUUCCUUGGGAGAUGUUUAUUGAAUCGUGCAAGAGGCUGAGGAUAAUGAAGAGAUCGGAGGUCAGAGGGUUCGGCCUGCCAUUCAAAGAUUUAUGAGGAGAAACAAGAUGAUGCUAUUUUACUAGAGAAAGAUUUAUUUCGAUUAAUUUUUAAAUUUUGUAAUAUUUUGGUUAAUUGUUAUGACUUCAUUUUGUUUAAAAAUAGACA